AUGCAGACAGACAGAAAGGACGAAAACAUGGACACGGCGACCGAAUUCCUAUUGGCACUCAUCAAGUACCUAAAGGAAUGCCAUCCCGAAGCACUGAAGGGGUUCAAAGCCCCUCAGGGACCCUUGCAAGAACUACUGAACCAGCCCAACCUAAAGUCCCGGUCACGCUCAGUGACCCCAGUCAAGCCCGCGCCUUCAGUGCAGUCAACCCCCGCGCCAUUAGUGCAGCCCUCCACCUCCGCUCAACCCGUGCUUACAGCACAAAAACCCCAAGCGCACUCCGCGCACCCCGCGCCCUCAGCGCAGCCCGCGCCUCCCGCGCAUUCAGCACCCUCGGUGCAAUUCAUUACCCCUAGCAAGCCUGCUAAGAGAGCAGCUACAAAAACGAUUAUUGACACGACUGACCACGACAUGGAGACUCUAAGGGAAGAGUCCGACUCGACAGAGGACGGAUUCAUCCCUGUAGAGUCCAAGAAACGAAAGAAGAAGGCCCUUAAGGCAAACAACCCAGCCACGACCUCGACAGUAGCAUCGCUCACUAAACCGAGCGAACACACAAACAAACGCACUGACGAAAGACAGACACCUAAGACGGACGACAGCGUCCCUAGGACAAAACCCCCGCCCCCAACCUUUGUCCAAGACAAAAAGUCUUGGAAUAAUGUCCUGACACAAAUGUCAGCAAGGAAUAUUAAUUUCAAUCAUGCCAAGUCAACGGGACAAGGCAUCAAAGUACGUUCAUUAGAAGUGCUAGCAGAGCUUAGUUCGGACCAUCGUCCUGUCCUACUCCAGCUAGGACACGACGUAGAAGAUAGAUCGAUUAAACGUACAAUAACAGAUUGGAAAAGACUUAGGGAUCGAUUCCAGACAAUAGAUACGGCCAAAUUAAAUAUUACAACGGACACGGUAACUUCGGUAUCGGCGGCCAAAGAGGCGAAUACCAAAGUUUUAGAAAUUAUCAAAAAUACAGUAGGUGAAUGUUCCAGGGAGUGCUCGGUGCCCUUCGAGGGGCGCUGGCCCCUCCCUGAAGCAGGGAAAUCAAAUGAGAGUCGUGCUGCUCCAUCAACUGAUUCUCGUCAUACAUUUGAUAAUAUCAUCGGAGAGAAAUUGACAAUAGAACCAAACUGUACUUAUGCUUCUCAGAUAGAGUUGGAUCUU